AACAUAUAGAAUACAGGUUUCUUUCUUUUUUGUGCCUAUCCACAGUUCCACGCUUCAAAUCUCCUCCUAAAUUUACUUGAGUCUUUUUUUCUCAGCUCACAGAUGACUGCUACAAAUCAUAAAGAGGCUUCCAAAGGCUUGUUACACACAGACCGCACUACUCCAGUCAGCCUGCAAGAUAAAGCAAUUGGUAAAAAGCUCCAUGGAAAAUUUCUCAGAACCAUCUCCACUGAGUCUCCUGUUAAGCUUUACUGCUGCUAUGCAGUGAUCAUGGUCCUCACUGUAGCUGUGAUUACACUUUCUGUUGCUUUGUCAUUGUCAGUGAGACCAGUCACUGAGAACUGUGAAACUUGCUCUGCCACCUGCCCAAGAGACUGGAUUGAAUUUGGAGGCAAAUGUUUUUAUUUUUCUGAAGACACGAGAAACUGGACAUUCAGCCAGACCUCCUGCAUGGCACAAGAGGCCCAUCUAGCUGUAUUUGACACCAUAGAGGAGCUGAAUUUCCUGAAGAGAUACAAGGGGCCUUCUGACUACUGGAUUGGCCUGCACAGAGAGUCACCAGAACACCCUUGGCUGUGGACAGACAACACUGAAUACAACAACUUGGUUCUCACCCAAGGAGGAGGAGAAUAUGCCUACCUGAAUGACAGAGGGAUCAGCAGUGCCACGGAGUACACACAUAAGAAGUGGAUUUGUGAAAAGUCUAACAGAUGUACUUCUCAGUGCCCAGAAAUUUUAGACCCAGGAUAGGGAAUGUGCCAAAGCAUGCAUGAGAAACAGAUGCUCUGUGACCUGUUAUCUACAGUUGCUGUUGCUCUCCUGAUCUGCUAACAUUAUCUAAAUUCACAAAGAUGGAAACUCACUUAUAGGAUCACAGAUAUGGGAAGAGAGCAUGGAUGAUUCUAAAUUAAAUAGCUAUUUGGGUAUGAGUUAGUAUUCACAUCUUUUUUCUUUUGGUAUUUUUGUUCUUUUUUUAUUAAUUUAUUUCUACAUUCCAAUACCAGUUCCUUAGUAUUCAUAUCUUAAACCUAAAGUACAAUCAUGUUUUAGUAAAGUCUGUUUUAGUGAGCUCUACCUUUAUGGCCAGAUAUGAAUUUUUCCUUAGUUCUUGUAUUGAAUGCAUGAGGCAUAAAAUUGUGGGUUUAUUGAACCUAUGCAUAUGGUUCACUAAUCACAGGAAAGAUGAGUUUGGUCUGUGUAGUUCAAAUAAACAUGAUCAUAUUUUUACAAAAUUCAGUGACCCAUAUGAAGGGAGAUCUAGACAAGAUCACAUUCUAUGAUUUAAUACCAUUAUCGGAACGUUUUCAACUUUACUUUACAGUGUUCUUUGUUAAUUAAAAUAGACUAGGAAUACAUUAAAGCAAAUAUAAUUUUAGUUUCCUAAUUUAACAUUUUUCAGAGUUUCAUAUGUGAGUAUGCCUUUCGAAUUUUAUUCUUUAUCAGGCUCUUUUCAGAUCAGGAGCAGUUAAUUACUGUACAUACUUUAAAGCUUUUGAUGCCUAAUCUUGCAAUCAUUUACACAUUUUUAAGUUUGAGGAACAAAAUAUUUUAAUUUUUUUGAUCACAUGCUUCACUGUACUGAUGAGUCCCAAAGAGGACGAAAUAACAGGUCACAAGCAUCUCUCCUGUUAGCGCUCUUCUUACCUUAUUGACAUGUAUAUUAUACCUUCUCAUGCAUGCUAGGCAAACUCUGUACUACUGAUAUUAAACACCAUCCGUUUUUGUAAAUUUUGUUUACAAACGACUGGAAUUGGAGCUAUGAACUACCACAUAGGACAUAUCUUUAAUCUUUAUGAACACAUUUGCUCAGGGUCAGUUAUGUGUCUCUGAAGACAAAAGCACCAGCCACUAAGAGUGAUAACCUGAGUUUGACAUCUGGACUCUCACUUUGGAAACAGAAAAACUUCCCCACCAAGUUUGUCCUAUGAUCUUCAAACUUGUACUGUACAUACACAUUCACAAACAAAUAAUAAAAUCAAAUAAAAAAUUAAUGUCCA